AUGAAAAGAGGAAAACCAUUUGGAUUAGAAAUUGAAAAUAUGUUUCCUUCAGAUAAAAAAAUAGUGAUUUUCUUGAUUAAUACAUUUCAGAUAUUGGAUAGAUGUAGAAAAAUGGAGAUAUUUAUAUAAGAAAACAAAUUUCAUGGAAUAGGAACUUAUUUUAUAUCUAUAAAACAAAUUAUCAAUCUAGGCUGA